CCGGCAUAGCGGCAAAUCGAUAACCAUUGACCAAGAAUCCACCAUAGCAAUAUCGCGAGUAUGCAAACUCUUCGAUGCAUCCGCCGUGCGGUUACGGUUGCGGGCCCAGGUCCGUCACGUCUUGGAUUCACUUCCAGGAGCAUCACUGGGGCAACACCACCUCCUUCCACGCCAUGGUUCAUCGAUACUGAAGGUCCAGUUCAAUCAAUCACUAGGCAUACUCCUCCUCACCUCGCUCCAAAAACCCAUGAGCUUCCAGAAAACCUCUCUGCCGGGAUAAGGCAACUAUUUGUGCAGCUCAGUAAAUCUCCUUUGCUAGAGCCAUCGACUUUGAGUGUCGAACGACCUGUCGCCGCUCUUCCUGGUCCUCCAUUACCUCGAACAUUACCCAAGGGCCGCCGAAAACGCGGGCGCACAUACUCUGGAGAAGGUCUUGUGGAAGAGCCCGGAGGUAUAUGGGACUGGGUAGUCACUGCUCAAGUAAAAGAAGGCACCGAAAACCGAGGAUCGAUAGAAGCUGUCGUACGUCAAGUGCGAAAGACUCUAUUGUCUGUCGACCCACCGCUGCCUCUUCCACCCAAUUCUAAGCGGAGAAUGCUCAAUGGGUGGGCCAUGAUUGAUGCAGGCAAAUUUGCCGUACAUAUACUGAGCUGCGAUGCGCGGCGGAAAUAUUUCGAAAGAUCAGCUGCUGAGUGGUAGUUUGGCAGCCACUACGACGAAUUACGAUACAUCCCCGACUCCCACUUUAGUGGGAAGACUGCACCGACGUGUAUAAUCUUCAAUGGCACCAUCGUCUGUGCCUCGCAUCGUAAAAAUAUCACAUCGUUGUCCAUUUGCAUUGCUUUGCUUUGCUCGUGUCGUCGAUCGUAUUUUCGUCAACACAGAUGUGCAAUAUUGUAUUAGUCUCCACAGCGAGUCUCCUGUUGUGAAAUAUGGUGCUUCUAAAUUCGUUAUGAUAUUCCGCUCGUUCUCAACCGUUAUGGCCAUGGGUAGAGUACACUGGGUUUGAGAUUUGACUCGCUCUCGGAGUUUUGAUGGCGUUGACUACAUCUUAAUGGGUCGAAAUUACUGUCCACUAUGUGCA